UAUAAAAUGUAUGUGAGAUACAUUUCAUUUAAAUGGUCUAGAUCAAUCCUAUUCAAUAUCUAUGGUUGAGAUCUAUUUUUUUCCCGCCCAAACUCUCUCUACUCUUUCACUCCCAGUCUGCCCAAACAGACGCCUCUCUUUACACAUUUGGCCCUUUCUACACGUUCUCUCUCUACACGUUCGCUAUCGCCGCCAUUGAAGGGGAAGAUUGAACUUGGCUCAUCGACACCUACCCUCCUCGCACUCGCACCCGCUGCCGCACCCGCUCCCUUCAAACCCAUCGUUGAUUGAGUUCCGCUCAUCACCGCCAUUGAAGAUCGACACCUACCCUCCUGGUUGCACCCAUCCCUCUUUGCUCGGCUCCCCAUCGUUGCUUCAAUUCAAACCCAUCGUUCUUCGGUUCAACAGAGAUUUUGGGGGUGAUUGUAGGGGACAACAAUGGUGAAUGACAAAGGAAAGGGUACUGUUUUGAGCUCCAAUUUAAGUCCCAAACAUGAUGAUGCAGCCGAUAAUUCUCAAAGUGAGACAACUGUGUCCAGUCCAAUGAAGUUGAAUGUUAAAGAAACUGGGGUUGUUUCUGAGAGUGAAGAUAAGGAGGAAAAUACAAGCAAAGGAGUAAUGAAUGAAGAAAAUGCAAUGGUAGUUAUGAAGAAUGGAGAAAUUGCAAUAGAAGAAGAGCUGAAUGAAGAAACUGCAAUGGAGGAAGAAGAAAAACAUGAAGAAAAUGCUAUGGAAGAAGACGAAAAAAAUGAACCAAAUGCAUUAGAAGAAGAAGAAGAUUAUGAAGAAGAAAAUGCAACCGAAGAAGAAGGUGAGAAGGAGGAGGAAAAAGAAGAAGAAAAUGAGGAAAAAACUAUUGAACCAACAAAGACUGAAGAGAAAAUAGGAGCAGAUUCUAAGGACAAAGAAAAAAGAUCAAAAAAACGGGGCAGAAAUAAGCAGGUGGCACAAAGGGGUUCUGAGAAAGUGGUCGCUAAAUUGGAAGAUACCUGGAUCAUCGAGCCAGAAAAAGGUGUCAAAAAGGGUUGAGAGCAUGGGGAUGAUUUUCAUGUGCAGCUCAAAGACAAAACAGGAUUGUUACAGUUACAAGGUUCUUGGGCAACCUGCAACCAAGAGAGAUGUUGUAAAAAAAGUUUAUAAAGGAAUGAGGCUCUUUUUGUUUGAUUUUGAUCUGAGACUGAUGUAUGGGAUCUACAAAGCUGCAGGACCUAGAGGUUAUAAUAUCGAACCCAAGGCUUUCAGUUAGUAUUUACUUCUAUAUUUUGUUUUAAUCUUAGUGAAUAUUUUUAUGCAAAACUAUUAUGGGAAAGAAGUUUGCAUGUAUGCUUAGGAUGUGUGGGCGUGAGGGAAUUUUUAUUGGAACAAAUGUAUGUGUUAGCAGCAAUAAAAUUUGUACUGACAGUUGUAAAAA